AUGGAAACAUCUACGAUAGGUGGUAAUAGAGAGUCAGAGAAGAUGAAGAUAGAUGGGAACAAGGAUGUGGAUCCUCAGCUAUGGCAUGCUGUUGCUGGAGGAAUGGUUCGAAUUCCAGAACUUAACUCUAAGAUCUUCUACUUCCCUCAAGGCCAUGCCGAGCAUGCAUAUGAACCUGUCAACUUUCCUGCUGACAUCAACAUUCCAUCCAAAAUUCUAUGUAGAGUUGCAGCUGUUCAUUAUAGGGCUGAUCCCGACACAGAUGAAUUGUAUGCAAAACUCAGGCUCGUUCCUCUGCAUCCUAGCGAUGUUAAUUUUGAUGAUGACGCUGUUGCUGGCGUCGAUGACAAUCUGAUGCAAUCUUAUUCAAAAACCUUGACACAAUCUGAUGCAUAUAGAGGUGGAUUCGCUUGUCCUAAGAAUUGUGCAGAAAUAAUUUUUCCUCCAUUAGACUAUUCAGAUAAGCUUCCUUCUCAGGACAUAUAUCCCGUGGAUGUGCAUGGCAAAAUGUGGAAAUUCAGACAUAUUUAUUCGACGAGGAAUAUAUUAACAACUGGGUGGAGUGAUUUUGUAACCAACAAACAACUUGAUUCGGGGGAUUCAGUUGUGUUUGUGAAAGCUGCAAACAGUGAUCUUCAUAUUGGAAUCCGAAGGUCUAAAAAUGGAAAUGGAUUGAAAAUACGUGAUAGGAUUAUGGAUAGGGAAAAAGUGAAGGCUGAAGAUGUUAUUGAAGCAAUACAACUUGGUGUCAAUAUACAGCCGUUUGAUGUGGUUUACUAUCCUUGGGUUGGUACUCCCGUGUUUUUUGUGAAAACCUCUUUAAUUAGAACAGCACUUCAGAUUGGGUGGGGUUGUGGAAUGAGGUUCAAGAUGGCCUUUGAAACGGAAGACUCGUCAAAGAUAAAUUGGUUAAUGGGAACAAUUGCUUCAGUUGAGGCUGCUGAUCCAGCAUGGCCUGACUCUCUUUGGAGACUUCUGCGGGUUACAUGGGAUGAACCUGUACUUACAAAUAUGAAAAUGGUGAAUCCGUGGCAAGUCAAAAUAACUUCAGACAUGCCUUCCAAGAAGAAACGGAAAUUGUCUCAACGCCCAACUUUCCCUAUUGAUGGCCAAUUAUCAAUGCCAACUUUUCCAAACAACUUUCAAACACGAGAAACUAGUACUGCAUGCAUGCAUGGAGCCAGGCAUGACCAUUUUAGUCACCUCAAAAAUAUUCCAGUAUAUAACCCAGCAUUGCAAAUGGAGAGCACCAUUGAGAAUAAUUCGUGCUCGAUACCUAUUUCUACACAACCGUCAGAGAAACUGGAUCAUUUGAAGCCGGACCAGAUUUUGCUUUUUGGAAAACCAAUACAAGACCUGCUGAAGCGUUCCUCUGGUGAGAGGUUGGAAUGCAAAAAAGAUGCUUUGGCAGAAGAAACAGUGGAGAGUGAAGAUUCAGGUAAGAAUUAG